UCGUUUGAUGUAAAGUAUUAACUCGUUUAUGCAGCUCGUCACUGUUGAGGUGGAUCAUAAUAUACUUCUCGUACUCUUGUUCUCCUUGGAUUGUAUUUCAAGCAACUAGUUUGAUCAUGAGAGGAUUCUUAACUAGUUUUAGUGUUGAUUUUUGAUGUCAGAUGGUUGAGUUGUUAUUCUAUCAAACUCUGCGUGUUUUGAUAUUUGUGUUUGGAAUGAAUAAUCGAUUUCGAACCAAUUCGAAGCAUGCCAUUUCUCGAUGUUAAUUGAUUUAUUUUAUAAAAUAUCCUUGUAUGCUUUACUUGGAAUUCGUAUAAGCUGCUUAUGUGUACAAGUUGUUAGAAAUCUGUGUAAACAAAUGUAAAUAUUCAUUGUGAAUGUAAUAUGCCGAAUGCUUCUACCAGGUGUCCUCCAUAAGGCCUCUGUAGGAAUCUUUUAUUCGAUGACAUAAAGCGAUAUCCUUUUUUACACAUGCUGUUUUGAAUACAAGGCGCUGUACUUCGUUUUCACUUUACAACRUUGCAAUAUUUGUAAUUUUCAGGUAAGCUUUCAUCAAAUAUCCAAAGAUAAUCAAGGCUUAGUUUGAAAUCAUUUUAAUAAUUCAGAAAUAUUCGGCGAUAAAACAUCGAAGAAAKCAUUCGAAUCACAAGGUUUUCUUGCAUUAAAAUUAUCAUCAAAUCUCGAAAACAUUUUCCAUCUGAAACGCCUCAAUUGUAAUGUUAAUGUGACGCGAUGUUGUGCAAAAUUAGUGAUGUAGAAAAUAGCGUGAGGCACCAGUCGUUCGAUGUAAUACUAAGAUUCAUGUCGAUGGUGAAAAGGUAUGUACUUCUUGACUUAUUUAUGGAUAAUUUACUYUAGUGAUUUCUUUUGUAGUAUUGAAUUAUGCGGAGUCUCUAUGGUUGUUAAUUGUUAUUGUUAAUUGACACUUCCUUUGGUCACAGUAAAUUARCUGUGUGACGUCUCUUGACUAAACAAYGCAAAGGAAAACCGGAAGUCAACGUUUAGCUGUCUGCCGAUGCAUAUAUGGGAGCUUUCUAGUUAUGAUUGGCAAAAGAAAAGGGCCAGAAAAAUCCAUUCACCAUUGCGCGAAAAAGYGCUCAAGAURAUCAAAUAAUUUUCUGAGCCGAACGACAUUUCUAUAAAAAAAGGRAAAAAAGCCAAGUGUUCAAGGAAAAUGUAGAAGGGCGCGACCACCGCGUCAUGGGAACAAAUGUAAGCUAUGAUAACUCCACUCCUUUCCUUGRUCGAUGAUAUCAGGGCGUUUGUCUUCCUUACAUUUUAGUACACCUUGUCUCAAUAGYAUCUUGAAACCAGAUCCUUUUAACCGCGUAAAUAUUUUAUGAGACAAAGAUAUCACUGCUUUGACUGGUGUAGAUAACAUCUUUUCCUCUGGGUUUGUAUGCGAUACAACUGACCACARAAGACUCCAUCCUCCUCCGUGCUCUUAUUCGCGUUAGUGACGUCAUACAGGUAAUCCUCACAUACGUCUGGGUUUAUUAUUAAUGUAGUGUUUCUAAAUCUUUGCGGUAUUUGAUAUAAAAUCUAAUGGUCAAGGUGUAAUAGUUAAAUAUACGCGAGAGAACAAUGGAAUAAGUGACUGCUAAAACGAUAUUAAUCUUGACACUAGAAGUAUAUACAUACGUUCAACAAGAACAUGUUUCUUUCUCCGAAACGUUUUUGAAAAUACGCUUAUUUAAUAUUUCUUUAGUUGUUUUGAAUAUCAAUGGAUCGUUUCAAGUCUUCAUUAAUUAAGGGAAAARAUGAUAUACCCUCAGAAUGAUCUAGUGAUAUUAGGAAAUAUUUCAUAACAUUCAUUGCUGUUAAAAAAUAUGAAUAGUCUUAACGUUCAGUUUUAUGAAUCUCGAAGUCAGUUUAUCAUAACUUUUAUCUAUAAUUACCUACCAGCAAACGAAAUUAUCAUGAACAGAGAAAUAUUUUUGCAAUGGCUGUUGACCUUUUUCUGCCCUUUAUUUUUGUACUUACUACCUAGACAARUGCUUUUACAGGGCUUAAGUACAGUGAGUCGCUCUUGUCAAUUACCUUCCUUCGCUUUUCAUUUGUUGCUAGAAGCAUCGUAUAUCUUUGCUAUUUUUAACGGUAUGAUAGAGGUAUGUUCUAUAUUAAGAAAACAUAUUUUUGUUUAUAGCCUGUGGAAUGAGUAGCUGACUUGUCUUAUAGCAUCAAAAUCUUGCAAUUUUUAGUACGUUUAGUUAAGCAACAUUUACAKUAAUCCUGCUAAAAAYUGAUCCAUAGCCUGCGAUUUAAUASUWGAUUAAACUAGACAAGGACCUAUAUGUGACAGUAAUGUUCUUGUGAUCUUAAAGAAAUUGUUACAAAAAUCUUUGCUAUGUGCAAUUGUUAAUUGCGAUGUUUGAUAACGACAAAUGUCGUCAUUGUAACAGCACGAUUAGUACUGUUAUGCGUGAACGGCUAUUUCAAACACACGGCACAUCUGCUUCAUUUUUGCUUCGUUAAAAUUAGUUUUACCAAAAAUAUCCAUUACCAAACGAAAAUCAAAGAUACUKCAAAUAUAAGUAGACGAUAAAGAAUUGACUAUUCGAUGUUUAAGAGAAGGAAAUGGUAACAGAGAAAUAUUUGAGUAUUCGCCCCAGACCCCUCUCCACUGAUGACCUAGUGCUCAUUAUUAAAAUACAUGAUAUCUUUCGGACGUGUAAAGCAUAAGACUUUCGAAAUCCUCUAGAAGGAACCAUUUAAGUUAUUCUACGUAUUCCAUUACUUUAUAAAAGCAAAGAUAUUUCAGUGAACAAGUAGUACAUACGUUGCAAUAUGGAGUCAUCGUCUAAGGACAGCAGUAAACCCAUGCCAGUUAUCACUGAUGUUAGUCAACGUGCAGUUCGUGAAAGAAAUCCUGACGAUCCACAAGACCCUGAAAAUAUCGACCAGCAAAAUGGAUUUUACGAUGAAAGUGAUUCUGGUAAACCAAGUCGUCGUGGAAGCAGCGGUAGGAAAGGACGUUAUGGAAACUACGCAAGUGCAUUACGGAAAUCAGACGCACAGUCAGAUUUAAUGAGGAGAAAAGAGAUGUAUGCUGCAGCGUUAGAGGGAGCGCGUGUAGAUGAAGAUGAUUUGAAUGAUUUCUACCAAGACACAGGAAUCAAUCCUGAUGAACCUGACAUUAUGUCAACUGUUCCUUUAGGAAAGAUUAAAGAACAGUAUUUAAGUACUGCUAAAGAAGAAGGUAAAAUAGUUCCACCGAGUGAAGAGCGACCUGUUCCUCACCAAUUAAACCAGGCAUCAUGGCCGCCAAAGAACGCUCUCCCAGUUAAACCUAAAGUCAUUGAUAUUACAGAAUGCGCAGACAAACCACAACGUGAUGGAGUUGAUGGAGCUCCYUCUGAGUCUGUUAAUAUCUUAAAAGAACGUUGGCAAAAUCUACCAGAAAAGUAUCGAGACAAACCAUUAGGGGUUAAUAAACCCAAUGUUGGCAUUAAGGCCGAUAGCAAGUGGAUAACACACUUCAAACCCGUCAUAGAUGAAGGCGAAUCCCCCGAGGAUCCUGAAUGGCUUAAAAUGGUGCGUCAUCGUCGCUGGAUGUCCACGGUCAAAGCUCGUUUUCCUGAAGACGAAAAGGAAAAAAUUAGUUUUGAAAAACGUUCAACAACUCCGCGUAAAAUUAAAAAACCAAACCCGUACACAGUGAUGCGAUCCACGCACGAUAUCGAUAGCGAGUUUGAUGACGUCAUGAGACGUCGACGUAAGCAUAGUGAUAGCUAUGAAGAGGGUUCUUAUUUGACUAGAUCCCAGUCYACUUUUGUUAAAUCAGCUUCUUCUUUCCGUAGCGACGCUACUGAUGUUACUGAUGCUGGUAAAUCGGCUAGUCUGACCAAGACACCUGUCCAGGGCCCUAUCAAAGAGUACAUCAAGAAUCUGUCCCUGGAGCGUGCCAGAGGGUCUAUGCUAAAGUGGGCCUUCUCUGCUGAUGUGGUGGAUGAACCGUACCGUUACGAUCUACCAAAACCGAUUGAUCUGCUUAUUAUGGAUGAAUUAGAAAGAGAAAACGAGUGGAAAUACGAGCAAGCGAGGCGUAAAUUCACGGCUGAUGAAGAAGGAAUGUCCAUUCAAUCAUCCAGCUUUGUUUCUGAAGACGAUUACAAUGAGACGGAURGUCCACAAAAACUACUGGACGAAACAGCUGGUUUUAUCCCUAAACUAACAGAUAUACAACAGAAACUUAAGGAUGAAGUUGAUUCUAAACCAGUCACAAAGAUGGCUGCCAUCGAAGAGGAGUCCAAGAUUCUYCCUAAGUUAGAAGAAACGAAAGGAAAGUACCUCGAACCUGAGCAUGAUUCAACCGAGAAAAAGCCUUUCGCCUAUGAAAAGGACGAAUCGAGUUUCGAGGGAGUUAAAGACGUGAAAAAAAGAUUACCAAAUCAGUCUGAAGAACCUGCCAAGGAGCUGAUCAUGCCUACUACUGUCUUGAAAGAAGACAAAGAUUUCAAAAAAGUUAUGCAAGAGAGAAAGGCAGCCGCAGAUGAGGCUGCUGUUGACAGGGCUGAGAGCGCUGCACAAGAUAUCAAGACUCUUGCUUCAGAUAUAACAAAAUCCUUUGGUGAUAACAAAGAAGAAAAACCAAAGCCUAAAGACUUAUCCUUUGACGACACACCAGAACAAACGACCACAUCAAAUCUCAAAGCGUUCGCUGAUCAUCGUCGUAAACUGCGACCUGUACGCAAACAUGCCCACACUAGCAAUCCAGUCAAGGCCAGACAGAACAGGGAGGAUCUCCGCUCAGAAACCGAUUUCCUGGUGUCUAAAUCACAGCGAAACCAUGUCAGAGAAGCAGAGGAACUGGAAAAGCCUGUUACYAGUCACUUGAACAAAAAUAGGAAGAACUCCAAAUUUGCCGUCGAGGCCAUCGAAGGCUUGGCUGCUAAAGUCAACCUAAAUGAAGCCAGUACUGCACUUAGAAAGACAACCAAGAAUGUCGAGGGAAUCAGYACCGAGUUACAGGAAUUUGGUGGAUUUCUACCUGUCAUGCUAUUACAAAUAAAAGGCCAAAGACAUCUUCAAACAAGAUUGGUSGAGCCGGUAGCCAMGUCUCUUAACUCUGGUGACGCCUUUGUACUCGUGACGCAGAAAAGUGUAUAUGUUUGGAUUGGUAAGGACGCUACGAUCAUGAAGAAAGCCAAGGCUCAUGAAGUGUCCACCAUUGUCGUAAAACAAAGAGAUCUAGGUACUAAGGCUAAGACAUCUCAUAUCAUUGAACAAGCAAGAGAAGAUACUCACAUCUCAACAUUCUGGAAACACCUUGGCGGCAAGUGUACUGUGAAAGCUGCUAACGAAGGCCCAUCUGAUGAGGARUACGAGARAAAUAUUCGRGCUACRAACUUGGUCUAUCGUGUGGACUAUAGCCGUGAACCCCCGGAACUCAGACUGAGAGACGACUUGUCAGGGAGGGUACUGAGCGAGAAGUUUAUGAACCCAGACCACGGUCGCUUGAAUCCGUUUGAACCUCAAAAAGUCACCGAGAAAGAAGAAAGUCACACAGUUUCCCGCCCACCGUGGUCUUUGUUAGGGCGCAUGACAGCGCGUUCAGAAACGGUGUUAUUCAGAGAGAAGUUUAUCGACUGGCCUGACCAUAACGUGGACUACACACARGACUUUGUUAAGAAACCUGUCAGUGGAAGCUUUGCGGUUAUUUCUAAUAAGUCAACCGUCAACGGAGAGGAGAGUCAAGAUACAGACGAAACUUCAUCCGACAAACCAGCCAAGAGUAUUUUCAGUCUCAAAGCUGUUGAUGUAAAUCUCAUGAUCGAACCUUCUUCAGACCCAAGCCUUAUACUAGAAAAUUUCGAUAUUGGUCGAGGAACAGGAUCGAUUGAUGAUGAAGGACGGCAGUUUGCAGUCGUAACUGUUGACAUCAAAGUUUGGCACGUCAAAGAAUACAGCUAUAAAGCGCUUCCUCUGGAAGACUAUGGGCAUUUUCAUUCUAGUGAAGGCUAUGUUGUGCGAUGGAAAUACUGUGUAAAACGUAUUGGUGUAAAAACCCUAAAAGGUCAGGCAUCAAGAAAAGAAGAUGUUGGAAGAGAUAAAGUGGUUUAUUUCUUUUGGCAAGGAAAAGACUCGACGGUCAAUGAGAAAGGUGCUGCAGCUCUCAUGACCGUUGAACUGGACUCUGACAAGGGGUUCUUGUUACACAAGGGAGGGAACCGCCAUGUUUUCCUCGUUUAUUUGAUGGUAAAAUGGUGACUCAUCUAGGAAAGAGAGAACCAUCAGAAGAAGAGGAAGAUGACGAGGACGAUACGUGUAUGUUUAUACUUCGUAACGAAGAACCAGAAGAAGCAUAUUUGCUUCAAGUGAAAACAGAUCCUUAUGGUCUCCGAUCUCGAACAUCGUUUGUUAUAGUGGAUCUUAUAGAGCUACUAUUGUACGYAUGGCAUGGUUCCAAGAGCAGUGAUGAUGCAAGGAAAGCAGUUAGCAAUGCUGGCAAGAAGCUUAUGAAAUGGUUUAACGACAAGUACCCAGAUGACGCUCUAGAAUACCACGAGAUUGAAGAAGGAGACGAACCCGAACUCUUCUGGGACGCAAUGCGAGGAGAUCCUUCACACCUUUCGUUAAGAAAAGAUUCGCGCAAGCACGACUAUACGUUAAGAGUCUUUCGUCUCAACAGYACAAGUGGUGAAUUUACUGCCACAGAAAUCCUCAACCCAACUCGUUCUUCCAUGACGUCACCAUACCCUAUCAGCCAAUCACAGCUAUACACUGCUGAGCAACCAGCAAUAUUUUUUAUCGAUGCUCAUUAUGAACUAUACAUGUGGCAAGGAUGGUGGCCUCGUUCUGAUGAUGAGACUGAAGGUCAAGCACAAACAACUGGGUCAGCAGAGACUCGUUUCAAUAAUGAUCGCCGAUUAUCCAUGGAAACUAUCAAGAUGUACGCAAAAGAACURCAAAGAGAUCUUUCAAAAACUUACAUUGUUUUCGCUGGACUCGAACCCAAGUCAUUCAAAGCCUUGUUUCCUUUCUGGGAGGAUCGAGAAGAUGUMAAAGAAAUAAACAUGGAGGCAAGAAAAGACAAAUCUGUACUGUUGAAACUAGAGGAGGAAUUAGCGAGGUUAUCUCGAGAUACAUAUUCCUUAAGUGAAUUACAGCAGAAACCGCCUCCAGAGGGUGUCGAUCCUACAAGACUUGAAAUGUACUUACAUGUAGCAGAGUUUGAAAAAGCUUUUGGGAUGUCAAAAACGGAAUACAAGAAAAUACCGGCUUGGAAGCAGCUYAAUCUGAAGAAAAAAGCUGGACUGUUUUAAUAAAUUUACACCAAUUAAAAUUGUUGAUUUCGUGUCGAUAUUUAUGCUGUAAUCCAUAAAUCAAGUUAUUUAUAUAAGGAAUAUUGAAAUGAUCGAUACAUUCAGUUUACUCGCUCAGUUUUCWUAAGAAAUGACUAAAUAGUUUAGAAAAUAAUUUUGACAUUAAGAUAUCACUGUUGUUUCUCGUCCAUACAAUUAAUGCUUUAUUGAAGUCAAGCAUAGUUCUAUUUAAUUUAUGGUCGAUAGCCAUCACACAAUCGAAUGCACAAAUGAAUAUGCAAUGCAAAAUUAGAACGAUGAUCAUUGUUAACGUUAUUUAUUAAAACAUGUUUGCUAAUCACGA